UUCGAUCAAAUAAGUAACACGUAGCAAAUACGUCAUUAUAUUGUUGUUAACGAAUUUCGACACCCCACCGUCUCCAUAUAAAAACCCAUCGCUUGACGAGCGAAUGCAAUUUUUAAAAAGCCAAAAAACCUGCUGGAGAAGACAUAUUUUGGCCCCAGUUAUGCCUCUUGCUUGGCAUUUUCCUGUUAUAAAAAGCGAUACAGCUUUUGUCAAAGUAACUCAAAAAAAUAUAUAUUUUAGUUAACUCCAAUCGUUUCCCCAACGUUAACCGUUUACGUAAAUUAUCCUAACCUGCUAAGAAAAGUCAAAUCUGACCAAAAACUGUAUCCCGUCUACUCAAAACCCUUAUCUCCCUACUGUCACAUGGCAUGAAUAAGAUGCAUGUAGACAUGGGGGCGAUAGAAAAUGAACCAGUGCUACCGAAAAUUACUGAUGCCAAGGGUAUUCUCCAACAGAACCGCGAGUUCCUGGACUUCUUCUGGGAUAUCGCUAAACCUGAACAAGAGAUACGGCUGAAGGCCAUUGAAAAUCUCAUACAAUAUCUGAAGACUAGUGAAAAGACAGAUGAGUUGACAUAUACCCUGAAGAGACUGGUGGAUGGCUUGGCACACACUAGAGAGGCUGCCCGGCCAGGCUUCAGUUUGGCUUUGGGACAGGUACUGAGCGUGUUUGAGGAGGUACCUCUGCGUACAGCCUUUGAUCAAAUCAAAGAGAAGCACAACUUGGCGAAAGUGAAAAAGAAACUCAUCAGAAAUGCUGCUUUUGGGAACUUCUUUGGUGUGCUCGCCCUGUCUCAGUCCACACGCCUUCCAAAGGAGCCUCAGGUGGUGCUGGAGUGUGUCCAGCUCCUCCAGAGCCUAUCGCAGUAUAGAGAACACCUGCGGGACCUGCCCAGGAAGACCAUGGUGGACAUCCUGUCUGAGACGUCAGAGGAGGUGUUUGAGGAGGUGCUGCUGGGAGCCCUGCAGACAGACCUGUCCUCUGCCUUCAGCACCCCUGAGCAGCUGCAGCUCCUCCUGGUGGCCAUGCAGAAGUUCCCCCAGGUGCUCAAGCCCAAGAAGCUGAAGAAGCUGCUGGGCACCUCCACAAUCAUUACCAUGGACAAUAUCCCUAAGUUGACAGAUGUACUGAAGAUGGCGGCCCGCUCAGUCAAGAAGGACCGCCUGCUGCCUGCGGUGGCUCUGGACCUGCUGCUGAUCUCUCUGAGGGAGGACAACUUUGAGCUCUUCUGGAGGGAGACCAUCAUUAACGGCAUGCUGAAAGAUCAGCCGGGGCCCACACAUUACCUGAGCUACCGGCUGUUGGGUAGUGCCUUGCCCUUGUUGACCCUGGCCCAGCUGAAACAGGUGUUAAAUGGAGAGGUGAUGAGGACCUACGGGGAACACGUGGUCUCUGCACAGCUCCCAGACCGCUUUAAGUUUGCCCCCGAGAUGGAGACGUACGUUGGCGACUUCCUGCAGGGCUGCGAUGACCCAGAGAAGCAGCUGGCGGUAAUGGUGGCCUUCUCCCUGCUCACAAACCAGGGCUACCCUGUGGUGCCCUCCUUCUGGAGGGUUGUGCAUCACCUGCAGCCGACCGCACUGCAGAGCUACGUGGACUGGCUCAAAGACAUGUUCCUCAACCCCCGGCUGGACAGCUGCCUGGACUUCAGCACCCGCAGGCAGAAGGAGAACCAGGAGGGCGGAAUCCAGAGAGAGAACUGUAUAUUCCGCCUGAGGAAGUGGAUCAUUCCACGCCUAACCUCCAUCGCCGAGAACAACCAGGUGAAGAGAGAGGAGGCUCUAGUGAUGGAUGUAGCCAGGUUUGUCUUUUUCCAUGCGUUCUUCAAUGCUAAGAAGGCCACCCCAGACAUACUUGAGACAGAAGCCACCCUGUCAGUGCCCCUGGAUGAGAAGACCAGAGCCAUCAUCAUAAACUCCUUCUUUGGAUUGCUGCAGCACAUCAACCACCUGCCUUUGCUGGGCGACUCCCCUGAGGUGGCAGCCCGCAACCAGAGGCACAUGCAGGGUGUGAUGGCUGACGGCUCCAUGUGGAUCUUCUGUCUGGUGCGGUACGCUGACACCCUGCUCAACCAGCCCAAGUACGCUCAGAGCACCCAGCCCUUCAGCCCCGAGCAGAGACAGGCCUGGGACAGUAUGCUGGUGUCAGUGGGGACUCUAAUGAAGAAAUCUAAGAAAGGCCAGACUCCAGAGACCUCUGCUUUCCAACAACUCUUCCUGCUGGUUGGCAUUCACCUCUUCAAGGCUCCAGAGGAUUUGGUAGACCUUUUGCAGGAUCUGCAGAACUGCAUGGAAAAAGCCCAAGAGAAGAAGUCCAAGAAGAAGAAGGCGGUAACCGGUUCUGCAGCAGCAGGAGAGGAGGAGCCCCACUGGGCUGAGGUGGUGGUGGACAUCCUGCUCUCACUCCUGUCCCAGCCCAGUAGACACAUCCGCCACGUCUGCAGGACUGUCUUCUCCAACAUCUGUCCCCACGUCACUGCCAGAGCCCUCACCGCCAUCUUGGAUGUUCUGGACCCAGAUAAAGAUGAGGAGGACAGUUCCAUCGUGGUGACGGAUGAUAAAGACUCUGCCAAAAUAAAGAAGAAAGACAAAAAAAAGAAAGGCGAGGAUGAAGACGACGAAGAGAUGAAUGAGGAUGAGUCGGAUGCAUCAGACGACGACUCUGAUGAUGGUGAAGAUGAGGCCAUGGAGGAGGGGAGCGAGGUGGAUCAGAACUUCCGCAUUGAGCUGAUGAAGGUCCUACAGAACCAGGGUGCUCUGGCCACUGAAGAGGAUGGCAGCGAUGGUGACGAGCUGGACGAUGAAGCCAUGAUGAAGCUGGACGGCAGCAUCGCAGGACUGUUCCUUGAACAGAAGAAGAAGAUGCAGGCCAAGAAGGAUGAGAAGGACAAGCUAAAAAAGGAAAAGACCCUCGUCAGAGACUUCAAGAUCAAGGUGCUGGACCUGGUGGAGGUGUUCCUGGCCAGGCAGGGCAGCAGCCCUCUGGUGCUGGGCAUGGUGGAGCCCCUGCUCAGCGUCAUCGAGAGCGGCAUGAGCUCCGAGAGCGACCAGCAGGAGCAGGACUUCCUCCGCAAGGCCGCAGACAUCUUCAAGAACCAGCUGUGCCGGGCCAAGCAGUACUGUAAGACCGUAGGCGACAGACAGGGGGAGCUCCACGACCUGCUGGAGAAACUCAUGACCAAAACCCAGAAGCUGUCUGACUCCUCAGUGUCACUCUACUUCUUCAGUGCAUCUCUGUACCUGGUCAAGGUGCUGAGAGGGGGGGCGCCCGUGGCCUCAGCAGAUGGCAAGACAACACCUUCUACUGAGCUGAGGUUCAUGGGUAACGUGGACGUGGAGAGGGUGUCGGCCAUCUUUAACGGGGCCCUCUGCUCCUUCAUGACGCGCAGGAAAAGCCCUCUGUCAGGCCUAAUGUUUGUCGACCUCUUCACCCGCUUCCCUGUUCUGUGUGUGAACCUGUUGGUGACCGCAGUGGAACACAUCACAACAGGAGUCAGAGAACACCAACAGAGCCAGGCCAGUGCCAUGGUGCUGCGGGGGCUGCAGAGCAGGGAGGUACAGCAGCUGUUAGCAGGCAACCCCUGGGCAGGGCUGCUUCAGCAGGCGGUGGGCCAUGUGGCAGCGAGUCUGGAGACUGUAGUUGAGACUGGUAAGAACAAGGUGGUCCAGGAGAAGUUGGUCAAAGCCCUGGAGCUCGGUCUCUUCCUGGUCAAAACUGUCAACCAGCAGAAGCUGUCUGUGGAUCUGGAGCCCCUCAAAAAGGUUCUUCAGUCCAUGAGAGAGGUUCUGGGCUUCAGGAAGACUGGACAGAUGGAGGACACCUACUGGGCUGUUAUGAAACAUUUUGGAGUCACAAAGCCCAAAAGGGACAGAACCAGGAAAACCAAAGACCAGGCUGAGCUGACCGCUCCAAAGAAGAAGAAAGGAUUCCUGCCCGAGACCAAGAAGAGAAAGAACCGCAAGAAGCAACUGCCUGUCUCUGAGCAGGGGGCAGCAGAUGCCAACUCAGUCCCCUUGGGGAAACCAGAGGGAGGAAAGAAGAAAAGAAACAAAAUCAAGAGGAAACUACCAGGAGGAGGAGAGACACCUGGACAGGGUCUGACCAAGAAGGCCAAGACGACACAGCCUGAAGGCAAACAGAAGAAGGGAGGCAGAGGAGAAUAAAGUGGACUAUAUGUGUGUACUUAGGCCAGAGAGAGAGCCUGUGGUUGUGAAGAUGGGGUCUCAUGCUCUGGUUUUGUAACUUUGCUCUACGAAGAGCUCCUAUUGAUAUCCUUUUCAUACAAAGGAAGGGUGAGGUUUGUUUGUGGCCUUAGGCUGUAUGUUCCCUUUGCGUCCCAACACACCAGUGUGAAUCUUAUGCAAAAUUCUGGAGUGUUCAUAAGCCUCUGAACUGAUAAGUAGUCAAAUAAUAAUUGGUCAUUGCUUUGUCUAUGCGCCAUUUUCCUUGCAUGCGUUCUCUGUGAACAAGGGAGCAUAGUCGGCUUGAAUCCAGGCCUUGGGGAUUAUGCUAGUAGACCUCAAGCCUAUUGAAUGUGUUGCACAUGGUGAAAUAACACUGCUUUUAUUGAUAUUAAACAUGUUACAUUAUGGCACGUCACACAACAGAA